AUGGAGCUGUGGACUGUGUGUGUGAGGAAGAGGAGCAGCGAGCGACACCUCGGAGAAGGAGGAGAAGGAGGGGGGGAGGAGGAGAAGGAGGGGGAGGAGGUGAAGGAGGAGAAGGAGGGGGAGGAGGUGAAGGAGGAGAAGGAGGGGGAGGAGGUGAAGGAGGAGAAGGAGGGGGAGGAGGUGAAGGAGGGGGAGGAGGUGAAGGAGGGGGAGGAGGUGAAGGAGGAGAAGCAACACAGACCGGGACGCACUGCCAGCUGGUGGGAGAACUUUGAGAUGGAAGUCGUCCUCCCGGAGGAAGGUAGCUACAGAACGAUAGAACCGAGUGUGCUCGGGGCUGGAGCCCUUCCACGACUCACCUUUACGCGGGAGUCCCUCCUACAGCUCCGGUUCUCUGAGCGGGCCACGGAUCCACCGCCAGACAUCCCACCGGAGCUUCGCAAAACGGCGGCUCAACCGGUGCGCCGCAAAAGGGGAAGACGAGAAGGCCGCUUGGGCCUCCAGGACCGGCGACAGAUGCCCGCACUCCCAUCCAUCCUGCUUGGGAACGCACAAUCUCUUCGUGUCAAGCUGGACGAGCUGGAUACUUGGGCCACGGUGAGACAGGAGAUCACCAAUGCCUGUCUUCUUGUCUUCACGGAGUAUUGGCUUAAACACACUGAUCGAGAUGAGGAUCUCUCGCCAAUGAGAUGCUGCAAAUCGGCACGCAGGUCUACGAGUCUGGUGCAGGUCUCAGCAGCUGCAGAGUUGUGA